UAGUUUACGCACAAAACUAAGCCAAAAUGUAGAUUAACUUUCCAUUAUGUUUGAUUAAAACCAUAGGCAGAAAUAAAAGAAAAAUAGAAAAACAAAUAAAUAUUAAUAAUUUGUGGCUUUUGGUGCAGCCACAACUCUGGUGCCCGUCGCUCCAAGUAAAACUGCCGCCGGCUCCGCAAAAUGUUGAAAAUACGCAACAUUUGCAUGCUGCAAAGGCGCUGGAAGAGCGGCAAACGGCGCUGGAAUGUGCUGCAGCAUAAGAAGAACAACUGCGAUCGCGCACUGGAAAGCUUUGACGAUUUCUACGGCUCCGUCUAUGGCGGACGAUGGAAAAAUAUGCGUGCCGCUUUGCUAACGGAGCACAAAUAUGUUGCCAUGGUGAACAAUUUCGGUGACACAGAGCAAACAUGCAGCAUGCUGGAGCUGGACGGUGCCAUAAACAUCAAAUCCCUUAUACAGCUGGCACGGGAACGCGAAGAGGGCGGCGCAGAGCCCAGUCUGCAGCGCCAGAAAACGCGUGCUCAUUACGAAAUCGACGAUAAACUCGGUGCGCUGCUGCGCAAGCAGCAGGAACGCGAGGUCGCGGCCAUAUAUCCCAGUGCCGCAGAGGAUGGACAUGUGCCGCCACAGCAGCUCAACUAUGAGAAGAACAACAACAGCAACAACAACGAGCAGGAGGAGCAGGCGGGAAGCAGGAGCAAGCAGGCGGAGUUCAAGCAAAGCUUGACCAGAGCUUUGGAGCAGGAUGUUCAAUUGGAUGCGAGUCGUUUGGUGGAUCCACAAUUUGGCACAGGCGGCCUGUACGAGUAUGUGCCCGCCAGCACCAUCAAGGGCAUGGAGGAUUGGGUCGCCGAAUCGGAACAUUAUAAAUAUUAUCAAACUAGCACAGACUUUCCGCUGAUUAUUGAACCCGAGGCCAAUUUCCAAUAUCCGGAACACUUGGCCAUCUACACCUAUGAGAUGGGCAACUGUGCCGAGUUCAAGGCUCCGCGUCAGUGUCUAACCGGUGUCCUCUCACAUUUUCUGAUGGAUGGCGCCUCGGUGUUGCCGCCGCUGUUCCUGCAAGUGCAGCCCGGCGAGCGGGUGCUCGAUGCCUGUGCAGCGCCCGGGGGCAAAUCGCUGCUGAUGCUGCAAACCCUCCACCUGGAUCAGCUGGUGUGCAACGAUGUGCAGGAGUCGCGGCUAAACAAGCUGAGACGCGUCAUGCAGGAGUACCUGUUCGACUACAAACAACGCUGGGCGGGCAAACGCCUGAUCUUCAGCCAGAGCGAUGCACGCAAUCUGGAUGAGUAUGGCAGCUAUGACAAGAUACUGGUGGAUGUGCCCUGCACCACGGACAGGCAUGUGCUAAUGCAUCAGGACAACAACAUCUUCAAGCCGACACGGAUUAAGGAACGCCUCCGCAUACCCGAACUGCAGGCGGGCAUCUUGGCCAAUUGCUUGCGCCUGCUCAAACCGGGCGGCAGUCUUGUCUAUUCCACGUGCUCGCUGUCGCCGGUGCAAAACGAUGGCGUCGUCCACAUGGCGCUGCAAAAGGUCUUCACCGAGCAUGGCAUUACCGCUCGCAUCCGGGAUCUCAGCCAGCACACAGCACUCUUUAGCGACAUCUACAGAUUCGAGCAGCCCAAGGGCUUGAAAUAUGGCCAAAUGGUUUUGCCCUAUUUGCCCGCCAAUUUUGGGCCAAUGUAUUUCAGUAAAAUAACCCGAAACACUUGAAGCGUUCGGGCACAAUAUUAAACUUUUAGGUGAUACCAAAUUAUAUAAUGUAUAUCAUUAAAGGAAAAAUUGAAUAUUUGUUACAAA